AUGCAGUCUUUCAUCAAGGCGACGUUGAUACUUACAAUUUUCCACGGCGGAAGUUUUGCUUCGCCAAUUUCUGGUCCCGUCUUGGAACAUCGAGGGACUGACUUCUGGUACCCGACUCCCCUUACACCUACGAAUGGGCCAAUUACAGCAAUUGGAGCCAAUGGAGGUUACAACUACGGUGGCGACGGUGCCAACGGCGGAUACAUUGGUAUAGCUAAUUACGCAGGAGGAGGAAGCUCUAUCUACGCAAAUGGCGCUAACGGUGGUCAAAAUGCAUAUGGUAAUGGCGCCAAUGGCGGAAGUAUUUCUGUGGGUAGGCGUGGAGCGGGAUUCCUUUUCCCUAUAUACAACUCAUAUACUCCACCAAAUGGUCCAAUUUCUGCAUACGGCGCCAACGGUGGGUAUAAUCAAUACGGGAACGGGCGGAUCUCGAUAAACCGCCGCGAAGAUUCUAUCUCUCUUCAAAAGCUCCAAGGUAGUCCAGACAUUAGGAAUCUCCUCUGGGGGUGGUAUGGAAAUCAACCAUUGUUGUACUCCGGAUCAGGAAAAUUGUCCAGCACGACUUACGGGAACAAGCCUCCUACUGCCCAGCCGAUUUUUGUGACUGGACAUAAUGGCGGCGUGAGUUACAACGGGAAUGGAGCGAAUGGAGGGACGAUCUCCGUACCAUCAGGUACCACCACAACAGAACCAGAUACAUCGACGGGCCUCGCUGGUACAGGGAGCCCGACAAAGGUGACUAUCACUGCCAACGGACAGAAUGGCGUCACCAUGAAUGGGGAAGGCUCGAACGGAGGAACUAUUUCUGUCACCUCGGAAAGUGUAUCACAAUAA